ACGUCGACGACUUCGAGUCGUUCCUCGACGGGUUGGACGGCGGCAAGUAAAGUAUGUGCUAGACUACUUCUUCUUCUUACCCACGUUCAGGCCCGCGGCCAGCAAAUCGGACAAAUCUUCUUCCUUCUUCUGCGUGGGGAUACAAAGCGGUGAGUCGCGCCGGCGGCGCGCGGGGGUCGAGUCGAAGACGCCGGAGUCGUACCUUCUUGACCUUCUUCUUCGCCGCGGCCUGGGCCACGGCGAUGCCCGUCGGCUCGGGCGCGUUGGGAUCAAAACCCUUGAGGUGCGGGAAGCACUUCUCCGGCUCUUUGAUCAAUUUAUCGUGCUUCGCGACGACGUGGUCGUACAAAAGCUUGUCCUUCGACGAGAUCAUGAAGGUCUGCAGGCAGACGAGGCACUUCUUGGCGUUGCGGUCCUUCUCGGCUUUCGCUUUGGACGCUUCUCGUUCUUCCUUGCUCUUGCCCUGCUCCUUGGCGUUGCGCGCGCGCGCGGCGUUCGCCUUGGCGACGUUGGAGCCCUUUCCCAUUGUUGUGAAGUUGCUUAGUUGUAGUGGCAGUGUUCUCAGUGUGAAGCGCUGAGUGCAAGCGUCACGCCUCGAUAGCGUCGCUGCGAGUUGUAGUGCAGUGCUCUCAGAGAGGCUUUGUUAGCACGGCAGUAUAUCGAGUUGCACGCGUCACGCGUCGAUAGCGUCCCGACGAGUGCUGCGGCUGCGGUCAGGCAGUGUUUGUUGGAUAACUAGCGUUUGCCGGUGCGUUGAUGACGUUUGCUGAUCU